UCUGAACCAUGUCGGAGGGUCAUCUCUUUAACAAUAUCUCUCUCGGCGGUCGUGGCGGAACGAAUCCAGGGCAGUUGAGGGUUCAUCCAGGAGGGAUAUUAUGGAAAAAGCAAGGAGGUGGAAAGGCUGUUGAGGUUGCCAAAUCUGAUAUUGUUGGGGUGACUUGGAUGAAAGUCCCAAGAACUAAUCAGCUUGGUGUUCGAGUUAAAGCUGGGUUAUACUACAAAUUCACUGGUUUCCGUGACCAGGAUGUCACUAAUUUGACCACUUUUUUCCAACAUUCUUGCGGAAUAAACCCAGAAGAGAAGCAGCUUUCUGUGAGUGGCCGCAACUGGGGAGAAGUUGAUUUAAAUGGCAAUAUACUGACUUUUCUGGUUGGUUCGAAGCAAGCAUUUGAAGCAUCUUUAGCAGAUGUUUCACAGACACAGAUGCAAGGGAAAAAUGAUGUCAUUUUGGAGUUCCAUGUGGAUGAUACAACUGGGGCUAAUGAGAAAGAUUCAUUGAUGGAGAUAAGCUUUCACAUACCAAAUUCCAAUACCCAAUUUGUUGGUGAUGAAAUUCGUCCCCCAGCUCAAGUAUUCCGUGAUAAAAUUAUGUCAAUGGCCGAUGUUGGUGCUGGAGGUGAAGAAGCAGUUGUUACAUUUGAGGGGAUUGCAAUUCUUACACCAAGGGGACGGUACAGUGUGGAACUGCAUUUGUCAUUCCUACGCCUGCAGGGACAGGCUAACGAUUUUAAAAUUCAAUACAGCAGCGUCGUUCGCCUUUUCUUACUACCUAUGUCUAACCAACCACAUACCUUUGUUGUUGUGACACUGGAUCCACCAAUCCGUAAAGGGCAGACUUUGUAUCCACAUAUUGUGAUGCAGUUUGAAACAGACUAUGUGGUUCAAAGUGAAUUGUCAUUAAGUGAAGAACUUUUGAAUACCAAGUACAAGGACAAGUUGGAGCCUUCAUAUAAGGGACUCAUUCAUGAAGUCUUCACCUUGAUAUUGCGUGGCUUGUCUGGUGCCAAGGUCACAAAACCAGGGAAAUUCCGGAGCUGUCAGGAUUGUUAUGCAGUGAAGUCAUCAUUGAAAGCUGAAGAUGGUGUUUUGUAUCCACUAGAAAAGAGCUUCUUCUUUUUACCCAAGCCUCCUACCCUUAUUCUUCAUGAGGAGAUUGACUAUGUCGAGUUUGAGAGGCAUGCUGCUGGAGGCUCAAAUAUGCAUUACUUUGAUCUUCUUAUAAGACUAAAGACUGAGCAAGAACAUCUCUUCCGGAAUAUUCAGAGGAAUGAAUACCAUAAUCUUUUUGACUUUAUCAGUGGGAAAGGCUUGGAAAUUAUGAAUCUUAGAGAUGUCCAAACCACAGAUGGUGUUGCUGCUGUUCUUCAGAAUGAUGAUGAUGAUGCUGUUGACCCACAUCUUGAGCGGAUUAAGAAUGAAGCUGGUGGAGAUGAGAGUGAUGAAGAGGAUGAAGAUUUUGUUCUUGACAAGGACGAUGGAGGCUCUCCUACUGAUGAUUCUGGGGAAGAGGAAUCUGAUGCUAGUGAAAGUGGAGGCGAGAAAGAAAAGCCUUCGAAAAAGGAAUCCAAGAAAGAGCCUUUUGCUUCUAAGGCAUCUUCGUCUAUGAAGAAACCCAAAGAUGGAGAUGAAGAUGGUUCAAAGAAGAGAAAACAGAAGAAGAAAAAAGAUCCAAAUGCGCCAAAGAGGGCUAUGUCUGGUUUCAUGUUCUUUUCACAAACUGAAAGGAAAGAAGGGUGGGCUAAAUUAAGGAAGGAAGUGUGGAUAGCAAAGUUGUCCUUUGACAUGCACCACAUCUUGUUUUAA